UCAUGUCAAUAGGCAAACAGCAAGGAAAACGGGAGCAAAUAAUCCGAAACGUAAAUUCAUCGCUCGCGCGCGCCGUAUUUUUUCACCGUGCUCCGCGUAAUUUGCCAAAAUAAUUGCAAAAGUGAUUCCGUGCUGUAAGAUUUUGCGUCAUCCCGUGUUUCGCAGAACGUGCGUUAUCAAAACAGACAUCCAGGCUGCCGAAUCCGACGCCUGGCUGGGCUGCGAGAGUGAGUUGAUGUUUGGGAAGGAAAACGUUCGAUCGUGCCCGAAACCCGUAUAAACUAGCUGAAGUGAGAGUGUUGCGCAACUUGUGUGCCGGUGCAUAUUAGAAGGCUGCUGCUGUUUCGUUUUCGGCACGGUGCACUUAGAUGCAUCUUUCUGCCUUCCGGUACUGCUUGCUGGUAACAGGAUACCAUUCCAGAGGUGGAUAAUGCCGAACGAAACGAGAACACAGCGGCAGUACUACGAAGGUGUUGCGGCUGCUAACGACGAACGGGGAGCAGAAGGUGGGGACAGUUGUGACAGGGUGACAAGCAAGUGACUUCCGCUCUCGUGUGACGAAGAUUGUGUGUAUGUGUGUGUUUGUCAGCAUCUUAAAGAAGGUGUGCGAGCUUAUUUAUAUCACCAAAAAAAAAGAGGUUCAAUCAAGUGUAAACAAAGUGUGCAAAGCUUUAUUGUGUGAGUGUGUGUGUGUGUACGUGGGGGUGAAAACUAAUACACCCCUCACAGCCCCCAACCCAAACCACGUAGCAUAAUAGUUGCUCAACAUGACGGCAUCAGCCGGUGUGGAAUCGUUAUCAUCACCGCCUGCCGAAGAACGAAUUAACACCCAUCUGUAUCAUCAGUACACCGUCGCUUCCGCUCAGUCGGUUGCGCGGUCCAACAACAACAACGCAUCACAGUUGGCUCAACGAAAACCGUUCCCAUCGCAACCGACGCAGAACGCCUCUGCGCAGCUGCAUACAGGUGCCGUACACGGUACCUUCGCACAGCAGCAUCCACUGCUGGGUGGUGGAGCAUCUGGCACGAUGAAACCUCCGCGACCUGCGACAACAACGUCCACGGCAGCAGGAGGUGGUGGAGGGCCGACCGGUAGUGGCGGUGGUUCUGGUGGUUCCCGUGGUCCGAAACAAUCCUCCGACCGUAGCAAAAGCUCCACCACGACGCUUCCGUCCCGCGUAUCGCAAAUGUACUACAAACAUGGACUGUUCCUGUCCAGCUAUCCGACGACCGCAACUAGCUUCGCUCUUGCCAUCAUUAUAUUCUGCUGCUAUCCACUGCUAAACAUUCCCCUGCCGGGGACGAUUCCAACCAAAGUGAUAUUCCCGUACACGGAGAGCAUCAGCGAAAAUUUGCACCUGUCCAAUGCGAACCUGUCGAGCGAAUUCUACAAUCCGUUCAGCUUCUCCGGCGGCAACAUGUUUAACAUCUACAACAUCAGCGUCGAGACACCGUUUCCCUGGGCGCGAAUAGAUCCGCUACUGUACGUGCAGCAGAUCAUCAUGCGUACCAGCGUCGUACCGUGGGAAGACGAGCUACAGCUAACCGACGCGUUCCGUGGCCCACUGUACGAGGUGUUUAAGCUGGUGGAGAUUAUCCGUAAUCACGAGGAUCAGAGCAAAACUAUGCUCAGUCAUCUGUGCCUGCAUGUGGAAAAUGUGAAACGUUCCUCCCAGCAGACAUUGUUUCCCGAGUACAACUGCCUGAUACUAUCGCCCGCAAAUCUGUGGCAGCAGAAUAUACAGAAUUUUAACAAGGAUAGCAAUUUGCUAAACACCGUGUACGUAAAUCAUAAUCUCCAAAAGUCCAAAGUAUCAACGGCGGAGAUGUUGUUUGGCAUACCGCUGCGGGACACCGGUGUGAAGCGAUACCCGAUGCGUGUACGGCCCCGCAUCAUCCAGUACGCGGUGACACUGAUUCUUCGGGAAAACAAUCCAGCAUUUAUUGACUCGCUGAAGGAAAAGCUCGUACGAGCUUAUCCGCUUCACCAAAAGGAACAGUCCUCCGUGACGAACGUACCUGCCCCGGGUGGACAAUCGGCCACCGCCCAGCAAUCAAUCAUGUACAUCUUCUAUCCGGGUGAAUUCAACUGGAAGGAGGUCCUGCCACAGUGUAUCGCGUUCUGUGUGCUGUUCGUAUACGUGUACUUUUCGGUGCGCAAAAUCGAAGCCAUCCGGUCGCGCAUCAUGCUAGCGUCCUGUGCCGUACUGACCGUCCUGGGCAGUUUGCUGAUGUCGCUGGGGUUAUGUUUUUUCUUUGGCCUUACGAUCAGCUUCCAAUCGAAGGGCGUUUACCCGUACCUGGUUAUACUGGUGGGGCUGGAGAACGUGCUCGUCAUCACCAAGAGCGUCCUCACGACGGACAACAAUCUCGACGUGAAGAUACGCGUUGCCCAGGGUCUGAGCCGGGAGGGUUGGUCCAUCACGAAGAAUCUGCUGACGGAAAUUACCAUCCUCACCGGUGGGCUUGCAACGUUUGUGCCCGUCAUACAGGAAUUCUGCAUCUUUGCGAUGGUGGGCCUGGUGUCGGACUUUCUGCUGCAGAUGCUGUUCUUUGCGACCGUGCUAGCGUUGGACAUUAAGCGGGUGGAGUACAGUGCCGAGGUACGGCGAUUGCCGAAGAUGCUGUACUUUAACAGUGAUUUGCGCCGUGGUCCGGGUGCUGCUGGGCCCACGGCCGUCCCUGCUCGGGAGUCGCGCAAUGGUGGCGGGGGGUCGAUAAAUCGAUCGCGAUCACACCCGAAGCUAACGGGAUUGGAACAAUCGGCAACCCAUCCUAAGAGUGGCACCGGAACGGGGCAGGAUGUGAAAAUACCGAAACGUUUGCGGAUCGUGAAUUUUUGGGCAAGAACACGAUUCUUUCAACGUGGCUUUAUGAUAUGGAUGGUGCUGUGGAUCUCAAACAUCAUCUACAAUGCCGGGUUGAUCGAGGAGCUGUUCGUGAUCGAUAAGAACCUAACGCGGCACGACCUUUCACCCAUGGAUGGGGCGGCUCGGUUCGACGUUGGUAUGGGCGUACACGAGCUAGGUGAGGCUAGUAGCUCCACGGAAGCAGCAGCGAUCGAGAUGGAUCGUUUAAAUUACCACAACAAGCCGCCCGAUGUGGGUAUGCUGGGCGGGGAUGGCGUAAGCGGUGGUACUAGCGAGAAAGGAGGCGGUGAACACCGGGCGCUGAACGUGUCGGAACAGUUGCAACGGUUGAAGCAUCCCGACUACGAAACGGUGUACCAGCUGUCCAACUUCCACUGGUCCUCGAUACUGAAGCAGUACAACGUAUCGCUCAGCGGCCGGUAUGUGACCGUGCUGCCGGCUAUAAAGCUAUCGCACGCCGUCAACCCUCAGACGGCGAUACAGCUGCGUAAUGCGGACGAAAAAGCACCACACCACUUCCAGUGGAAAGCGCUGGCGGUUGCGCUGGACCCGUUGGAUUUCAGCGAUGCCGAUACGGGCGAUGGUACGCACGUGCCGAUCGGGAAUGCACCGUUCUACCCGAAAACGCCGAUGGAAAUACUGCUCACCUGCAUGCUGCUCGUCGUGAGUACGUUCGUGGUGACGUACACGAUGAUUGUGCUGUACCGGUGUAUCUGCACGCGGAACUAUGCCGAAUGGCGGGCGAGCUGGCAGGAGAGCGAUAGCGAAACGGAACCCAAACCGGAACAGUGCCUGCUGGAGGGUGUUCCCGUACAGGUGAACGGACACGUGCAUCGUAUCGAGUGUCUCGUAACGGACGGGAAUAUGAUCGCCAGCUCGUGCCUGCAGGGACAGGUUAAGGUGUGGGACGUAAGCAACGGUGAGCUGAUGGCCGAAAUCGAUCGACAGCACUAUUUCGAGCUACAGCAAACGCGAGGCAGUUCAUCCUCCCCCCAAUCGCUUCCAUCGCCAUCCAACUCGGUUGCAGCACCGACCGGUGUAAUCCUACGCAACGAUCACAGUGAUUCGAUAACCGGGCUGCAUGAGGUGUUCCCGGCUAGUUCCAGCUCACCAUUAUCCUGCUCGCCGCCCGGUACGGCCGUUGGAUCAUCGUUUAAGUUGAAAAAGAAAUUGCACUUCAAUUUCUCCAGCCUCGACAGCUCGACCACCAGCUCACAAGCGUCCGAUUCGACGCUGUUCGACUUUCGCGCACAGUAUGAACGAUUUUUCACCUCAUGUACGCCAACAACGCAGCCGCCAGCGACGAGCUCAACCGGUGGAACGGAUCUUCGAAAUCGGUUUGCCCCGAACGGGUCACUAACAGCGGGCUGGGCUGAUGUGAGCGUUGCGCAGGAAGAGCAAACAUCUAACAGCCACUGGCCGGCGCGACCAACGACACUGCCCAACGAGUGUCCCCAGCCGCCCGGAAGCCCAAGACAGUCGACGCAGCAUCAAGUGUCACCCAUCUGGUGUCUCGACUUUCUCGACAAUCUCAUCGUGAUUGGAUGUGCCGAUGGGCGGUUAGAGUUUUGGGAGGGUAGCAGCGGUAGUUUUAAGUGCAUCCACGAUGCGGAACACUCACACAACAAUGGUGUGACGAACAUUAAGCUAACGGGGGAUCGCGUUAUAGCGGCCCGGUUAAGUGGGCGAAUCGAUUUCUUCCGGCUGGAAACGUACACCCAGGGCCGACAGAUCGAUUGGGGCUUUACGUCCGCGUACCGAAGAACUCACAUGCGAACCGGUUCGGCGGGCAGCAUAAGUUCGUUCCAAGCCGCAAUGGGUUCGAGCGGUGGCGGAUCCCAUUCGGACUCGGAGGAGUUGCGCUGUUUGUUGGAAUUCCAACAGCAGGGCCAUCAACAGCCGGUAACCUGUCUGGAGGUGGCCGGAAACACCGUGAUGACGGGAAGUCAAGAUCACACCCUGAAGGUGUACCGUGCGGACAACCAUCUGAUGCUGUACACGCUGCACGGGCACUGUGGCCCGAUUACCAGUCUGUUCAUUGACCAGUGGCAGUCGGGAAUGGCAGGAUCUGGUUCGCAGGAUGGAUUGCUAUGCGUGUGGGACCUGACAACCGGUGCAUGUAUGUACAAAAUUCAAGCACACGAUGACUCGAUCGUUGCUCUCGUCGGUUCGCCCAGCUAUGUCAUAUCGCUCGGGCUGGACGAGCGGAUACGCGUGUGGGAUCGAUUCCAGGGGCAUCCGCUGAACACGAUCACCGUUUCGCAUGCGUAUUCGGCACUGGUGAUGUUAACGCCGUCCCUUCUCGUAACUGGUAAACCAGGUGCCCUCGUUGUCUGGGACGCACGGAGCGGCGAGGUUGCGCGGGAGGUAAAACUAGAUUGCUCCAACAUGCAACUCUGCCCAAAGAUCAUGCUGCCGGCGUGCGGUUCCGUGAUUUGCGACUAUGGCAAUCAAAUGCGCAUAGUACGGUUCCCGCUCGUUGCCGCCGACAAAUGUGACUAAUGUGUGUGUGUGUGAGUGAGUGUGUGCCUCUAUUUGGUAAGACGAACGUAAACCAGUUGUUUUAGUUUUUAUUUCCGAUUUUAUUUCAGUCUUAAAGAAUUUUCUUUAAACCGCGUGGUAUGAACUAAUCAUACAAAAAAAAGAACCGUUUUGUUAAUAGCGGUUUGGACCAGUUGUGAGUGUGCGGCUCUCUAAACGCUUAUGUUCCUUUUGCAAACUAAUAAUACCUGUCCCAGCCAGUUUGUUUUCACCUUCCCAGACGGCGACUCCUUUCCGUUACAUUAUUGUGCGGUUAUUUUCUCACAUACAAAAUAAUUGCAUUAGCAGCAUUAGUAGCUGCAACUAGGCUAGACAACAAUUUUCGCUUGCUUUUAAUAUACAGCAGCUCUGUUUUCUUUUGUUUGCUUUUUCCGUUUUCCGUUUUGGUUUUGUUGUAUCGUUUCAAACAGCGUUGCGUUGAACGCCAAUUUUGAAUUGUUAACAAACUAUGCAGCUCAAAGUACAUACGCUUUAACUAUUGUGUAAAACUUUCGAUUUCCCCCCGUAGGUGGUUUAUGUUAUUUAAGUUUAGCGUGUAAGGAGCCUAGCCAUAUAAGUAUAUGCUUUAGCACAAUGGACAUACACACAAAACAAGUACACACACACACUGCAAAAAAAGGAACUACACAACACCAUUACUGAAUGGGGCUGACGAGAGGCUGGACGUUGCCUUUUAUGGGAAAAGAACAAAAUGACUCAAAGGACCUCAGCAAACCAAACAAAUUAUAUAUUGAUCGUAACGUGUGCGUGAUAAGGAAAGAUGCCUUCUGUCUAACGAUGAUCGGAUACAAACAAAAAAGAUCAAUUACAAGCGAGAUAUAAAGCAUAUGCGAAACUGUUUAGUGAUAGCAUGCUCAAAGCACCUAAUUUAUGUGUGUGUGUGUGAAAACCGAAUGAAUGUUACAAAAUGCCGCGCGUGUGUGUGUGCAUCGACAAAAGCAAAGCAAUGCAACAAAUGGAGCGUGCGCCAGGCGGUUGUGUAUAUCAAGGAUAUUAAGUUCGUUAACCCCGAGGGUGCUGGGUUGGAACAAAAACGGAACCUACACAAACACACGAUACAAAUGAGAGAUUAGCACUAUUUUCAUUAAAUUAUUGAACCACCUCAUGCUAAGUAACGUAUUAUGGACCUAGUACUGGUAUGAUGAACAACGUCUGUAUAGCAUAGAAACGAGCGAUGAGUGUUGUCCGUACUCGUAAGGGACUAACAAACAAACAAACAGACAGACUAAACUAAACCCGUUAACACGAAAAAGACCAAACACCUGCAAGAGGUAAAACAAAGAAAAUGCUAUGAUGAUAAAGGGGAGAGCUGCGUCAAUGCGCUAAUAAAGAAAAACAACUUAUUGUGCUUUUUUUUUGUAAA